AUGAGCGCCAUGAAUACUGGGGCUGGCCGUAGCAUGGAGGACUACGUCCUCACUUCCAAACGGUACAUUGAGUGGUUCCGAGAAUUCGAGCAGAUAAAAAUCCCGGAGGACCUGUUCAACGACGAAAAGAGGAGGACGGAGAUUCGUGUGAGCGAAGCGCGUGCCGCCCUCGUUCGGACCUUACUAGUAUCCAAGGUUCCGUUAGCCCAGUACGAGACGAAGCUAGAGGAAUAUGUCAAGUGGGAGAAUAAGCUUGCAGUUCUUCUUGAUGCAGGUUGCCGGUGCAAGUUCCAGAGUUUCGAGAAGAUGCAUGACAGGCUAGUUGCAGAGCAUGGUGAGAAGUUUCAAGCCAUGGAAGAGGCGCAAUUCGCCAGACGACAGACCGGCCUCCGGAAUGAUAAUCGCUCGAAUCACACACACCAGGAACCUCGGGCCAAUGUUGCAACAGACUCGCCGGAUCCUUCAUCGGCCAGGGAGAGCACGUGGAUACAAUCAAACACCAGUACCACAAUGUCGCCGGAAACGGAAAAUCCGAAUACUCGGCCCCAAAAACGCGCUGGAGAGAAUACCCACGUCAACGUCACCGAGCAACCUGUCUUUCUACCAGACGAGCCUUCUACGGCAUCGGAUAUGCUUGGCACUAAAGCAUCCCAUUCUGAGAAUAACAAGCGCAGGCGAACAACCACCGAGCUUUCUUCCGAGACGGAACAGCCCAAACGCCCGCGGCUUGGUGAUUCGAUAGAUACUCCGAGGGAAGGAGCUUCGGAUGGAGGAGGCGAAAAUGAAACCACAGGCUCUUGGUCACAAUUAACGAUUGAAUUCGAUGAGCUGUACCAGGACGGCGAAGCUGAAUAUAAACAUCAUAUCGUUCAGUGGCCCAGUGUCGGCGGGAAGUGGUACAUCAUACGCUGCGACAAACACGGCAUGCAUUUCGGUACAAGCCCACUCCACGCAGGUGGCCAACACCUAGCCGGCAAGAGCCAUAACAAUAUGCAAAAGACGCCCGAGGUGGUUAUCAAAGAGCUCGGGAUCGAAGUCUUGAAUUGUGACCUGGAGAAACAAACCCUGAACAAUGAGCUCUUCAAGAGGCUCGUGGACAGUGGUAAAUACCAUCCCCUCAACAAUAGGUGGGCCGCGAAUUUCCAACGACCUCCCCCUUCGCAGACAAGAGGUUCGUCCCGGCGAUCUAGGGAUAGUCAUGAAUGGGUCACGGAUGCCCGUCCAGGCGAGAUUUAUAAAGUCCUUUGCCCUAACCUGGGGGUGUAUUUGGCAGCCGUCAUUCUCCCUCGCGAUUGCUUCAAUGACCCAAGCUUUGACGAGAUUGGGCUGCCUGGGGGAGCACUGGAAGAUACUUGUCUUCUUGAAAACAUCCCGGCGUGCUACCGUGUCUGCACGAUGACGGGGAAGAUCGCGGGAUGGGCUAAUGGGUACGAAGAUGGUGGGGAACUCAUCACCGACCGAGAGUUCCCCGUCUUGUGUUUUGACGGGCUCCCGUACCUGCGCAAAACAUCAGUGACCUGGCGAUCCGCUAAAGAUCUUCGGACAUUUGAUAUGAAUAGCCCGAGAGAAGAGAAACAGAUAAUUGAAAACUAUAAAUACCUGGAGCAGUUCUUAGCCAUUCGGGGUCGGCAAAAACAAAGGGCGCACGGGGAAGGGAGAGUUCAGGAGGCGGAGGAGGAGGCGGUGGUAUCCCCUGUUCGGACUCAACAGCCAUCACCCCUACAGGCAGCCGGGAUUCUUGUGACUACAGGGGCAGUGGGGGAGGGUUCUGGUUCACCUGAUGGGCCAGCAGUGAAUCACCUCCAAAACUCAAGUAUCCAGUGUGAUCCCCAACGUCGACAUGGGUAUGGCCCGAUCAUCCAAGCUGAAGAAGAAUCCGAAGGGAGUCCACGUGUGGGAGAAGAGAUAUCGAUGGGAGCACCUGUUCAACCAGAUUUACCGAGUCCAAACGGCGAGGCCCAGGAGCAGCCGCAGAGGCACCCUGAGUAUAAUACCGGACAGACCAUUCAAGAACCGGAUGCUGGACCACAGCAACGAACCGAAGUAGCUGGUCGUUCGGGAAGCCGAGACCGGUCCGCAAUAGAAGUACUCCAGGAAAUCCAGCGGGCUGCAUCGGCCGGUGCGCCGCAGGGUUGCCCUCCCAACGCUGGCCCUCAUGAGCAUCAGACCGAUGCAACCCGAUCGCCCCUUCAACCUCGUUAUGCUUCUGUAAAUCACAUUCGGAACCGCCGAGCUGAAGCAGUCAGGAGUUCUAGAGAGAUUCGGACAGGCGGUGGCGCCCCUACUUCGGAGCCUCGAUUCGUGCCAAUCCCUGGAUCACAGCGCUCGCAUCAUCUCAACCCGGCAGGUCCAUCGGAUAUCCCCAGCACUCCACCGUAUGCUUCCACCAUGGGCACCCGCCAGCUAAUCAUUCUCGAGACGCCAUAUGACUCAUUAGGAGCGACCGAGGUGCAAGGACCCGAGCAACGUGAAGCGCCGGAGCAGACGCACCAGUCAUCUUCUGAUGUGCAGCCACAGCUCUCACAGCCCACGGCACAUGCCUUUGCCGGACAAGCGCAGUUCUCAAAUGAGUUUAGACCAUCAACAAGCACCCCAGGACCAGUGCAGAACCCGACACAUACCCCUCAAUCACGUCGCUCGCCGUUACAAUUUUCGUCAGACAUUAUAGCGCCAGGGGCACAAGUCUCGGACGCCACGUUUGUCCAGGGCAAUGAUACAUCUGCGUACAUUCGAGUUCCCGAGGCCGUGAUGGGAGCACCCCACGACUCGGACUUUGGCGACUCAUAUGAUCCUCAGGGUGAGAUAUGGGACUUCUGA